AAUACAAAGUAUAUGGAAAAAAAAAGAAGAAAGAAAGUGGAGCAAACGCGUCCUACAUAACCUAGCCGCUUUGGUGCUCGCCUAUAGCUUAUUUAAGUGAUAAGCUCCCCAGCACUUGUGGUAGGUAGCUUCCAUCUUGAGUCCAAUCUUCCUUCUUCUUCUUCUUCUUCUUCUUCUUCUUCUUCUUCUUCUUCUUCGGAGAAGCACAAAGGGUAUCCCCUCUAUCCUUCAUCCAACUCCUAGGCAAGGUCUCGCUUCUCUCUUUCUCAUCGCAAAGUCUCAAGUCCUCCCCGCGGUUCUCUAAUGGAAGAGAAGGGCUACACGCUGGAUGGCUCUGUUGAUCUCCGUGGGCGACCGGUUCUUGCUUCUCAAACCGGCAGGUGGAGAGCGUGUGCCUUCCUAGUAGGCUAUGAAGCAUUUGAAAGGAUGGCCUUCAAUGGUAUCGCCUCAAAUCUGGUGGUUUAUUUGACAACCCAACUACACGAGGACACAGUCUCAUCAGUGAGGAGCGUUAACAACUGGUCGGGUUCAGUUUGGAUCACGCCGAUCCUUGGAGCCUACAUCGCCGAUACCUACUUCGGCCGGUUCUGGACCUUCACAAUUUCGGCUCUCAUCUACGUCUCAGGCAUGGUCCUCUUGACAAUGGCGGUCUCCCUCAAGUCUCUAAGGCCAACUUGCACCCAUGGGGUCUGCAGCAAGGCGACGCCAUCUCAGAUCGCCUUCUUCUUUGCAUCACUCUACGUCAUUUCCAUCGGAGCUGGGGGGACCAAGCCUAACAUAUCCACAUUCGGCGCGGACCAGUUUGAUGACUUCGACCCCGACGAGAAGAAGCUAAAGCUGUCCUUCUUCAACUGGUGGAUGUUCAGUACCUUCAUGGGGGCCCUCAUCGCCACCCUCGGCCUCGUGUACAUCCAGGAGAACUUGGGGUGGGGCGUGGGGUACGGCAUCCCCACCGGCGGGCUCAUGGUCUCCCUCCUCAUCUUCUACUUUGGCACGCCGAAUUAUAGGCACAAGGUUAGGAGGACUGAGAGCCCAGCGAAGGAGAUUUUUAAAGUUUGUUCUACCGCUUUCGCUAAUCGAGGGUUCGAGCUACCUGAUGACCCGGCGGCGCUCUACGAGCUCGAGCCGCAGCAUUAUAUGAUCGCCGGAAAGCGGCGAGUGCAUCACACUUCAGCUUUCAGGUUUCUAGACAAAGCAGCAUUGAAGGAAGGGACCAAAGCCUGCACAGUGAACCAAGUGGAAGAGACUAAGCUGGUGUUUGGCAUGAGCAUCAUCUGGCUCGCCACCCUCAUUCCCAACAUCAUCACGGCCCAGGUCGGCACCCUCUUCGUCAAACAAGGCACCACCCUGCGCCGAGUCCUCGGCCAUGGCUUCCAGAUCCCCGCCGCAUCUCUCGGGAGCUUCAUCAUCAUUUCCAUGCUCCUCUCCAUUCCCAUAUACGACCGCUACUUCGUCCCCUUCAUGCAGCGCCGCACCGGGAACCCCCGAGGCAUCACCCUCCUGCAGCGGCUCGGCAUCGGGUUUGGCUUCCAAGUUCUCGUGACAAUUGUUGCCUCCCUCGUCGAGCUCAAACGAAUGCAUGUCAUCAAGUCGCACGGUAUGAAUGGCCCCAAAGACAUCGUGCCCAUGAGCAUCUUCUGGCUGCUGCCUCAGUACAUUUUGCUAGGGGUGGGCGACGUCUUCAACGCCGUCGGAUUGCUGGAAUUCUUCUAUGAUCAGUCCCCAGAGGACAUGCAGAGCUUGGGGACGACGUUCUUUACUAGCGGGAUCGGCGUCGGCAACUUUCUCAACAGCCUUUUGGUGACCGUCGUCGAUAAGUUGACGAGGAGAGGUGGAGGGAAGAGCUGGAUCGGGAACAACUUGAACGACUCGCAUCUGGACUACUACUAUGGAUUUCUGACGGCUAUCUCAGUGAUCAAUCUGGUGGUCUUCUUCUGGGUUUCGAUCAUGUACAACUACAAGAAGGAGACGUUGGAGAUGACGGAGGGGAAGGCGCUGUGCGUCCAGAUGGAAGGGAAGGACGUCGUGGAUGCGCCCCCAAGUUCUCUAGGUUAGUAGGUUUGCGAGUGUGACAGGAAUUGCUUGCAGGCUUCUAAUGACUGUAGGAUGGAUCUAUGGGACUACGGUUUGUUUCCAUUUGGCUGAUGCUCUGUUAAAAUGAAAUCCUUCACCAUCGGUUUGUAGGUCGAUUGGUCAUCCUCUUAAGGCAUUGGAGCUAGGUGGAAUUAAUAUGUUUUCUUUAGGCAUUGGAGCUAGGCUCAAGCAUAGUUGUCGGUCGUAAUAUAUUUUCUUUGUUUUUAGGCCCUCGGGCCUCCCAUGUUACCCGGAAAAACCGAAAAAAGAAGAAGAAGAGGUGGAAUGGUGUUGCUAGAGCUCCGGAUUUUCUCUUAAAUAUACUGCUUGUUA